UUUUUCAUCAGGCUUUUGCGGCGUCGAGGUAACGAAUCUUGUUUGAUUGAAGCUUCGAGAUCAUCCGAUCUAUGGCUUGAAAACACUCAGUGGAUUUGCCUGGGAAUAACCAAAUUAGGAAUGAAGAAAAUCAAGCGAGCUUUGUCUUUGAAAGGCAAAGGAACAGAUGAAACUCUUUCCGAACUUGCCGAGCAAAUGUCAUUUGAUGUCAACGGACGAGACACUAAUGGUAAGAAUGGCAUCACAAAUGCUACCUCUAGACCUAGCAGCAAAUAUUCUUAAUAUCUGUGUCUAAACUAAAAUAUACCACUUUAACAGACAUCACUUCAAUUUAUUAAAACUGUAACAUUUUACUGGCUGAUAUUUCCGUGCUACAAACAUGAGAAUUCUAUUUUAACAAACAAUCUGCUCCACCAGACAACACCAUAAUUGAGAUUUCGAUUUUAGAUCAAUACUGCCGUGUUUAUAAUAUUUAAUUCUCUACCUGUUUUGCAAGAUGCUAGCCGGCAGUGGUCGUUGGUUCGUUUAAAAUGCGUAAACAAAACACAAGGUGUAAUAUUGGUGUGAAUACAGGCUGUCACUAGUAUCAUUUCUGCGGCGAAUGAAAUUGACAUUCAUGAAGCACGCGCGAGCGCCUUUCGUGUUGUAUUCGAAUUUAACGAUUUUACGUUCGACUGUGAAAGCAUUUUGAAACUACGGUAUUAGAAUGUUUACUGCUUUUCUGGAUGCUUGAUCAAACAGAGAACUGCAGUUGUUAAAUUAUCCUCUGACCUUGCUGUUGUUUCUUAAAUUUGGGGAAUUUUUUUGGAACUAAUUACGGACUGAUGAAAGUAGCGCUUCUUUAAGCAUUUUCUCGCUGUUAUAUCUAUAGGGAAAACACCGGUUUCAAUGUUAGUGUUUUCAUUAGCCUCUUCGGCUUCAUUUGGCAUUAACGUAAUUUUGUGUCAAUAUUUGUUAGGCAUAUCGAGUCACCCUUAAUGAAGGUUCGCGAAAAUAAUGGAGUCGUGGAUUGUCGAUCGCUCGAGAAAAUCGCAGCUGAUUACCCGCAAAGAAAGGUUAAAGUGCAGUUGCCGCUCCAACAAAUGUUGCAUGUCACACGAGUAUUCACAAUGUAACAUUAACAGACCAGCCGAAAAGUUAUAUAACAUAUUUAUAAGACACUGUGUGCCAAGAUUUCUUUUUCAUUUAACUGUACAACCGAUGAAACAGCUACUGUAAUCCUGAGUUAAGAGUAAGACAGAUCGAAUCAAAUAGCGUCCAUUUCAUUGAUUCCUUCCCAAACUCAAAAACCUUAAAAAAAUGAUUAUUACAUGAAAUCAAUCGACCGUAGAAUAGAUGUAAUAGGAGUAUUUGACAUCGAAUUUAGAUGAAAUCUUCUUUAGGUGAAAUUAAUAAUUUAUACUGUGGAUUUUUUUAAUCUUCACAAAAAGCUCAUUCCUUCUAAAAUGUUAUCUAGUCUGCUUACAGCUUUAACAGAUAAGAUAGUUGAUGUCGAAUGUUUGUUUUUGUUUUUCUUGUGUAUUUAAAAAUUGAUGUCACUGUCAGUUUUUUAUGACAAGUUUAUGAAAAAUUAAUUGCAUGGAUGGCUGAAAAAUAAAUGCACAGACAAUUUCACUGUGUAGAAAUGUAACAAUAACAAUUAGUGUCACUGAGAUCCUCUUGUUUUCCUAAACAUUUUUUUUAUUUAAUUUUUUCGUUAUACUGUGUUUACAAUUGUCAGUUUUUGAAUUGUAUUGAAUUUGUUGUAAUUUUAUUGACUAGCAACUUAACAUUAGUUAACAAUUUUUAGAACAUUGCUGGUAGAAAACACUAAUAUUUUUUACGAAGAAAAUCAUAGUAGCAUCAAACCGUCUUUGUACAGGUUUGGCAAUGGGGCAUAUCAAAUUGGAGGUACUGUUCUGUACUGUGUUAAUUAUUCAUUCAAGUCACAAAUGUGAAAGGUUUUAUUGUCUACUGCUGAGCUAUUCAUAAGUGUUAUGAUAUUAGCAUAAUAAAUCAACCUUUUACUAAAGAUUUUUUUUUGUCUAUUUGCAUAAUAAAAGACUUUUUUUAAGGUUAAGUCCCCACGAAGCUCGAUAUUUGUGAAACCGCAAACAUUUUUUUACAAAUCGGCCUUCCAUUUCACACAAAACUAGUGAAUCUGGUCCUCGAAAGCGCAUUGUUUUGAAACCUCUCCCCGGAGCAGUUUAGGAACCCAUCCAUAUGAAUCCAGGUUAAAAAAUGGGGGUUUCAAAAAUGUCUGGAUUUGUGUGGACAUGGCCUAAGAUUGUGUAGGCAUAAUCAUUGAAAAUAUUGAAUCUUCUCCAGUUGUUCUUACAGGUUGUUCUCUUUUUUGUUUGUUUUUCUUUUUUAAACAUAUUUUCACAAAAUGAAAGUUGUUAUUUUUUUUGUGAAAUUUUAUGUUAAAGUAGGAAAAAUAUUUGUUGUAGAAUCAAGUCAAAAAAGAUAAUACUGACAAGAGCUGAUUAAUAUUAGCCCCGCUGUCCACCCUAAUUACAGUUUUAAAAGUAUGCGCUUUAAUUGUCAUAGAAAACACAUCGCAUCUACACUACUGCUUUGAUGUGUUUUCCACUGUCCACACUAAAAUGUUUGAAAACAAUAAAAUGUUCUGAAAUGUAUUAGUGUGGAUGGAAUGCCUCAACUCAUCGAAAUGUAUGCAUUUUCAAAAAUGCAUUAGCGUGGAUGGGGCGUUUGUUUGCAGUUUUUUUCUGCUGGCUGUGUUCUGAAAUUCAGAAGGCACUGAUUUUGUUACCCCCGUAUUCUACAUCCCUGAUAUAUAUGGCUGUCCCUUUCAGGUUACGAUCACCAAAAUGGACCAGCAAAGGUAGAAUAUGAAACAGAAAAUGGCAUACAUUCCACCCAAGAUGAUUUUCUUGAUGUUCCCAUGAGGAAGCCAAGAUCAAAAUCAGUAUGUUAAUUCUAAUUUGUCUAAAUAAAAAUUGUUAUUGAUAGAUAUCAUAACUCUAUACUUGCAAAUUUAGUUCUGUGGUGAUUUAAUUUAUUUGUUUGACAUUACUAACCUUCCUAAAAAUAAAAUAAUACUUUCUCUUUGCAAGUAAAAUAUAUUAUUACCCCCAAUGUCUCUUGUUUUCCUCAGAGAUAGUCAAAUGUUAGUAGGAGUGAGUCAUAAGAAAUAAAUGUCAACUUAAAGAAAUUACAUUUUGAGCAAUACCGCACAGGGUUCUUAUUUAGUGCCAACUUGUAACCGGCUGAAAAGACUUAACUUCAAAUUUUGAGCACUGCCUACAUUUGGGCAAAGAGGGUAAGGCAAGAGACUGACAGCCUAAACCUUCACUACUAAGCUGCCCACUAUUACAUCCUAUCAGUCUACUCUGAAACUUAAUAAGAACCCUACCACUUUUUCUGGUUUAUUUUGAAGACAUUUAUGAUAAUCUCCAGCUCAUGCACUUGCAUAUUUUGCUCAGGGAAUACUGUACUACUGAAGUGUAUUCAGUUGACAGUCUUGACUCUGAAACUCGAUUCUUACACCUUGAAGCACCAAAUUGAACUACUCUAGUUUCAAGUCACAAGAAUCAAGUUUUUAGUUCAAGAAAUUAUUUAUUUGUAGUCUACAGCAGUUACUAGGGAAAUGAAAAUUAAGAGAAAGAUCUAUGACUGUUAUAAGAACCACAUGUACAUAAGGUUUGUGCAUGUCCAACUGAAGUUUCCAUAGCAAAUUCGUGAAGUGCAAGUACAGUGUGCAAGGGAGUCCAGAUCUAGAUAUAAUGUGAAAAAAUAACUAUACAACUGUAUUACAAUAUUUUUUUUAUUCUAGACUAGCAGUUCCAGUAAAAGACUUUCAUUACCAGUUCUUCACUAUGGCAUGUCACUAAAUGAUAUUUCCAUGAAGAAGAGCCCUGCCCAUCGGACAAGAAGCUCAACAGAGUUUGGUUCAUCUAAAAGUCCCCCAUACAGCAGUGAACAGCAUCUAAGUAGGCGUAGCAGGAGAAUGUCACUUGUAAGUGCCUUGUGGUACACUGUAAUAAUUUGCUUUCAUUUCUACUCACUGCCCUUUAAGAAAAGUAAAAGUAGGAAUUUUUUUAGUUACAUGUAUAUUCACACCCUUUAUUACAUUUUCUAUUCUUCCCCCGUGAUGAUUUCAUCACAAUCUUGUUUGACGUUGCAUCCUAUAAAAACUGCAUUCCGACUUUAAUUUUUCAAUCGACAGUCUGAACUUGGAUAUGGGAAAAUGGAAACAUAUGUCAAGCUGGAUAAACUGGGCGAGGUAAGGAAAUAUUCCAGAGGAUCAUGUAUAUCUCUUUGCUACUAACUUAUGCAGGGUUGUCAGAAAGUUUUGAAGUAGACGGCUGAGUUAUCAAAGUAAGCGGCUAGUCCAGGGAUAUUUUAUUUAAAAAAUGCCAUCCGUAAAGAAAUGCCAAGCAAAGAAGCCGGCCGAACUAACCAAAUAGGCAGCAAUUUUCGCCAGCAGCCAGCUACUUUUGACGACCCUGUCAUGAUUUUAUAGAUAACGGACAUUUAAUAAUUUCUUAUUGGAUUUUUUUUUUCUGAUAGGGGACAUAUGCCACCGUAUUCAAGGGGAAAAGCAAGUAAGUACAAAUGUCCUGCUACCCUGUGAGCAGAGGUUACAUUUUCGCUGUGUGAGCUGGCAUGCAAAAAGUAGCCUCUGCUGACAACUGUUCAAUUUUCUAUCGCGCAUGCGCGAAAUUCAUCAUGCGAUUUGUAGCCAAAAUUAAUCGUCAGGUCUAUUGUCAAAUGGCGUGAUUUUACGGGAAUAAAAAAAUUGCGAGAACUCUGAUCUGCUACGCAAGACUCUCGCAGUGCUCUAAACCGGUCAAGAACAGGAAAAAACCCGUUUUUGAAAAUUUAUUCGUCCGGAUUUUCCGGGCAGGGCUCGGCAGAGGCUACUUUUCGCACACCUGCUCACACAGCAAAAGUGUAGCCUCUGUUCGCAGGGUAAUGCCCUGCAGGGUUUAAACUAAAUUUCCCUUGUACCCUGGGGAAAGGAGACGGUGGAAAUGGAGAAGCUUAAUCAAAAUUAAGCUGAAAUCAAUUUGACUUGUAACAGAAACGUCAGGUUAAUGUGCACUCACAGGGUGCAAAGUAAAUCAUUUUUAUAGCUCGCCAUUCAGGCAAGCUGAAGCUAGCAUUAACUAGCCCAGACGUCAUUUCAACUAGCCCCAAAAGCUUUUUAACGAGCAGAAUUGAUUUCACAGUUCUUCUGUUAUUUGAAUUCCUCAAAAAACAUCAAUUGCCCAUUGGGCAAGGUAAAAACAGAAUUCACUAGCCUGAUAGCAAAGUCCACUAGCCCCAAGCUGUUGGGCACGACUUGCUUUGCACGCUGACUCAUGAUCAACAUUAUUUGUUUUUAUUUUAGACUUACAGAUAAUUUGGUUGCAUUAAAAGAAAUUAGACUAGAGCAUGAGGAAGGAGCUCCUUGUACAGCAAUACGAGAAGGUAAUAUGUUCUUUUCAUGUUUAUAUUGUCUCAAAAAUAGUAGCAAUCUCUCUCCUCCUCUCUUUUACUUCUAUGUGUUUAUUAUUAUUUGUUAUUAUACCUUACGAAUAUUGUUUUUUCUUUUCUGGCAGUUUCUCUGUUAAAGGAUUUGAAGCAUGCAAAUAUUGUUACUCUUCACGACAUUGUUCACACACCAAAGUCUCUCACACUGGUAUUUGAAUAUCUGGUAAGUGUCAUUGCAUGUUUAUCAUUGUUUAUUAUGUUGCUACAUGUAUAGAUGUAAUAUUAUUAAAUGUUAUUGAUCUUGAUACUGUUUAUUGGGGAUUCCUUCUUGCUGUUUGUUGAUUUUGAUGUUUAAUUCUGUUUGUUUGUUUUCUCAGGAAAAAGACCUCAAGCAAUAUAUGGAUGACUGUGGCGGAAUUAUGAGCAUGAACAAUGUCCGAGUGAGUGCAAACAAAAUUUAUGUCUCUAUUUUUUUUUUCUCUACAUGUAAGGGCAUCACUGAUUUUAACAAGGUAAUUUAUUUAUUUAUUUAUUUAUUUCACUUUCAUUUCUUGCAGUUAUUUCUGUUCCAGUUACUAAGAGGACUGCAUUAUUGUCAUAGCAGAAAAGUUCUCCACAGGUAAGCCUAUUAUUAAUGUUAGUGUUAUUAUUCAACGUGUAUAACUUCAUGUACAGCUAGUGUACGUCAUCCUCUGGCCCUGCAUUGGUAAAGCUUUCCUUAAAUGUACUUUAUGAUGCAAAAUGGGUUUACCAGCAUUGGUGUCGAGCUUAUCCUUGGCCUACGAUUGAGGGUAAAGUCAAACUUUCCAACCAAUUUGGGAGCUGGCCUAUUAACCUUGCCCUAACAAACCCUUUUUAAUAUUAUUAUUAAAAAAUCUUUGAAAGAAGAAAAGGAACAAUAAGUGCCAGUUUUCCUCCUUUGCAACUACUCGCCGAAUUCUCGUGAGCAGGAAGAGUCGCACUUUGGUGUUGUAUCAGUCCAUUUAUGUUCUCGUCUAACCCAUACAAAUGAAGGUACAUGUUAGAUAGACUGUACAGGAUUCGUCUGGGUUUAUCCUACCAGUUCUCCCCCCCCCCCCCCCCACCCCCCCUCCCCGACGCACCUAGUCCCGUUCGCCCACUCCGACCCGGUUUUUUUCUUUCCUCCCACCUACGUGCUCUGCUCUACAAUUCAUAUAAUAUUCUACCUUUCAUGUCUUCUCUAUCAUUACCACUAUCGCCACAUCCCCCCGAAUUUUGCGGGAGAGGAAGGAGUCCCUUUUUUGUUUUUUACUCCGCUUUUUUUUUCUUCUCACCCCCAAAAAAAAAAGGGAAAUUUUUUUAAAAACGUUAAAGGGUUUUUUGGGUGUUUCCCCCCCCCCUCCCCCCCCCCCCCCCCCCCACCCCCUUCUGUGGAAGCUGUAGAUAAUUGCCAGUCUUUGUGAAUGUGCUUUGCUAUUGUCCUCUCGUCAUCAAUCCAGAUAAAAUUAAACUUUUAAUUUGCAGAGAUCUUAAACCACAGAAUCUGCUCAUUAAUGAUAAAGGAGAAUUAAAGUUGGCUGACUUUGGUGAGUACAAGACUUCUAAGUUCUUUCUUCUAUAAUUCCCUUGUAAAAUUCUUGAAUUAAAUAUGUUUUACAUCUUAUAUGAGUGAUGUGAGGCCACCAUUGUCAUUGUUAUUGUCAUCUUUAUCAUCAUCAUCGUCAUCACUACGACCUUAGGUCAAAACGCUAGAACAAGAUCAGAGUCUUUGUUAAUAUCCCAACUGUCUAAAUGCAUGACAGAUGUCAUAGAAUGGCACUAAUUCAUGCUCUCUAGUGUUUUGUUUUGUGUCAUUGAGAUGUGUGUGGCCAAGUUGUUUGCACCUGGAACUCCGGAUCUGGAGGUCCAGGGUUCAAGCCUCACCCAUCGCAUUGUUUCCUUAGACAACAAACUUUAUGCCACUUUGUUUCUCUUUACCCAGUUGUAUAAAUGGGUACUGGCAAUAUACUGUUGGGGGGUAACCCUGUGAUGGACGAGCAUCCUGUACAGGGGGGAGUAGAAAUACUCAUAGGCAUGCUUCAUGCUAAGGAAACUGAGAUAAGCUCAGGCUGUUUGGGAAUUUAUGGCUCUUGUACAUCUUUACUUUUUACCUUUUUACUGUUUUGUUUCUAGGCCUUGCAAGAGCAAAAUCUGUACCAACAAAGACAUAUUCUAAUGAGGUGGUGACAUUAUGGUACGUACUGUGGUGACAAAGAAUAUCAUGUAAACUAACUUGUCUUGAGGUUCUUAGACGUAUAGUACUCAAUAGCUUUCUUAAAUUGCCAUGGUUACAGGAAGAUCAUAGAUAUCAAAUUCUUGCGCCCAUCUAGUAAUAAGUUACUUGUGUUUAAAUAUCAUAUGGAACUACAUUUUUGUGUACCAGCCAUAUGUACAUUGCUCCAAUGAAUUCUUCAAGUCACACGGUUUUGUUCAUAUUUAGAUGUUAAUUUGCACCUAAUAAGAAAUAAAUUAUUAUUGUAAAUUAUUAAUUAUUAUAAUUAUUAUUAAAUUAUAAUUAAUUAUUAAUUAUUUAUUGUUUUUCUGCAGGUAUAGACCUCCUGAUGUACUCUUGGGGUCAACAGAAUAUUCGACGCAAAUUGACAUGUGGUAAGAAAGCUUAACCCUUAAAGUGGUAUUAUACAGGUACAAAUUCUCCAAGGUGAUCUCCAUACAUUUCCUUAAAGAAGUCGUUGGAAGAAUUUAAAAAAAAGAUCAAAGCAUUUUCCUACGAGUGAUCAUUUUUUAUGAUUCUUAACGAAAAAUCCUGGCGAUACGGAUUUUUUUAUCUGAUCUUGGAUUUUAGUAAAGAAAUGCACCUUAGAGAGACAUUACUGGGACAGCACUAGGUGCCUUGACUUACUGGGAGGCAUUCACUCUAUAGAGCGAUAGAAACCAGCUUCAUCGUGUUAUUGGAGGUGUUUGUUCUAUUAACAAUAAAGUUGACUGCACCUUUGUCUUGCAACUUGCUAGGCUUGUUUACUGGCCAUUCUCCAACAAAUAAUACUACUGGCAUCCCUAAAAAGUUGAUCUUGAGGCAGGAAAUCAAGGCAUCACAACCUGUAUUCAGCAGUUUCAGCGUUAUAACUGCUUCUGUUUUGGCAUUUACUCAGCUCCCCUCUUGGUUCCAUCAUUCAAAGUUAAUUCUUCUGAUUACGAGUUUGAAUGUUUUACCUCUUGUUUUUCUUCAGGGGGGUAGGUUGUAUAUUUUUUGAAAUGGCAACAGGCAGACCAUUUUUCCCUGGCUCAACAGUAGACGAUCAACUUCAUUUAAUAUUCAAGGUGAGCAUGAAAUGAAUUUAAUAAUUGCGGGCGAUAAGAGGAGCCCGCAAUCCUAAUCUCCAGGUUGUUAUUACGCAUGCGUUGCAUGUAUUUAGCCAGCAUUCGUUUUGACUUCCACUAAGAAUGAAUGAAAUGCCCAAAACGCAAUUUGAUCCCGCGAGUUUGGACCUUCUAUCACUCGUAAUCUGAUCACGCGUGUUUUGACUAUCGCUUACGUAAAACUUACGCAAAGUACAGCGAUUGAGCAAAAGUGUUCUGUCCUUCGAUCGUUGUCGGCCGCACUCCGAAACCUUUGGUUAUUGCUAGUAUAAUUCUUGUGAGCUGUUUAUUGAGAGCAGUUUUCUUGGGUCAUUUUUUGGGUAAAACAAUUUGGCCUAAUUUACAGUUCCUAGAUCUUUUUACUUGAGUACCCUCACUCCCCAUGUACGAGAUGUACACUUUUAAGCUAUUUUUAAAUAAAACUUUCAAAGUAUGCAUGUAAAGAGGCUAACACAAACGGUGUUUUUGGAGGUAUGGAUGAGCAUUCUUGAGAUCUGAAAUAUUGUUGUGAUUUUUAUCUUUUUAGACGCUUGGCACCCCAAAUGAGCAAACAUGGCCAGGAAUAACUAGUAACGAACUCUUUCUUUCAGGUAAAUAUUGUUGCAACCGUGGUCCCAAAUUAGCUUUUGGGGGCGCACGUGAAGUAAUCAGUACUUAUUCAUUCUUGUUUUGAUAUUUUCAGCGAGAUUUCCUUAUUACCCGAAGGAGCAUCUCAUAAAUCUAUCUCCAAGGUAAAUAUAUGAGAGAAUACCUUCCGUCUUUUCAGUAUUGACCCACUCUUGUGCCACGAGCCUCGCAUGGAAAAGUGGGAAGGAAACGUGAAAAUAGCAAAUAAAGUCACCAACUUCAUCGACUUCCAGUAUCGUUUUGCUUUCGCAGGGUAAAGAAGGGAGCACACGUCCAGGCUAAUUUUUGCGCCAUUAAGUCGAGUAUCGAUCACUGUGCGCGGGAAAAUGUCCGUGUAUCCGUAAAAUGUUUAGUCUGCUACACAGCCGUUUUUAGUGUCGUCACGCAAUGCUCAAAAAACUAAAUCUUCUAAAAAAUAAAAUCUUCUUUGGAAGUAAAGCGUGUCGCAUGAAUGUUAUUGCUAGAUAAGCUAACUACGCUUUCAGUUGAAAAUCUGAGGGAUUUUGACAAGGAGAUGAUUAUCUUGUAUUUCUCUCUGUUGCAGACUUGAUAACUCAGGACUCAACUUACUCGAGAGAUUUGUCGAGGUAAGGUAAUUUCAUUGUCGUUUAGGAAAGGUAAAGGCGCAUACAAGCUAUGAGGCCCACGCGGCCGAAUUUUAUUCCGGUUUCUGUAGUUCUGUAGUAUGAAUGACCAAGGAAUAUUGCCCCCACCCCCGUGCCUCCCGUGUUCGACAGGGCACCGUGUUGCUGCCUUUUUGCGCUUGGCGUUGUCGCCAAAAAUUUUUACAUCGCCAUGUCCUUUCGUGCGCCCACAUGCGAUCCCUUGGCCUGAUCCUGGUCGUAUUCAUGAAAUGUAGUUGUAAAAAACACUCUCGUACAGUUUGAAUUCGACUUUUACUUCUCGAUUCACUAGAACAAUUACAGCAAAAAAAAGAAAAUACAGAAUUAAUAAACGCGGACUGAAAGCCUUACAAAAACGAUAACUUAAAGUACAACAAAUGACUAAGAAAACGAGCAAAAAUUACAGGAAAAACUAUACUUACAAGAUCUGUACGGCAACUCCGGAUACAACUAAGCGACUGAUUUACAUGAACCAAAAAUAAGACUUUAUAAUAAACUGGACUGAAAAUAAUGAACCUAACGAACUUACAAAAAUUGACAAUAACGAUUACGUAACGCAACGCCGAGACUAGAAUACAGAAAGAAUACGCAUAUGAAAAAUGCUAACAAAAGACUACUCCAGGCGCGAUAACAAAGGCACUAAUUAAACUAAGUUUACGCAACGCAAAACAUGAAAAAAUAAAGAACAGGAAAAAACUCGCAGUCUCUCGUGGCUACAGUAGUUAUCAGAUUUACAUCCGAAAACAGUUGUCCUAAGUGUACUUGUUGACUGUGUUUCAAGUUAUUAAUGGUAAUGACAAAUCUCAGAACUGAUAUAUUUUUUUCUUUUUAAAUCUUGUUUUCUUCCUCUUGCAGUUCAUUGUAAAGGACAGAAUAUCAGCCCUGGACGCUAUGAAACAUGAUUAUUUCUUCUGCUUGGGCAAACACGUUCAGGAAUUAAAAAAUAGUAAGUUAUGCAAUAUUUCUAAGUUUCAAGAGCUGCAUGUCUACGCGCCCCGCAAAACUCGACUCGUCUCUCUUCUUAACGUUGACAGGGAUGUAAAUUGCAGUUAUUGGUUUCAUUUAGGUUGUUCAGGGUGGAAAGCAAAUCUUUUUACCCAUAAAAGAAUCGCUUAGGGUUGUGCGUAAAGAAGUGCUUAUAAAUAGAAAGCAAAUGCCGUCUUUCUCCAACACGGUAAGAGUCUUACUCUGUUGGAGUGUGGUCUCCUUUAGGCGUUUAAUUCUAAAUUUCCGAGAACAACCCCGCCUCUUGCAUAUGGAACCCCCCUCCCGGAAUGGCAACUCCCCCCCCCCACCCCCGCCAAUCGUGGUCUUGCGCCCAUAAAGCUGAGUGUGGUUGAUAUCCUAGUCAAAUGGACAAAAGUCAUCGCAAGUCAGAAAAUUAAUAAGCGUGGUAGUUGUUUUUUGUAUCAGUUUGUGUUAACAUUUUUUUGUGUGCAUCUUUUACAGUCCAGUCGAUCUUUAGUAUAGACGAUAUACGGUUGACAAGGGAUCCUGGAUAUAGACCUGUUGGAAGAUCAAAUUUUGGUAGGUUUUUACCUGAUGAAUACCUUUGAAAGACUUCUCAUUAGAGAAUAAGAUGUUAGAAUACCUUUCAUAGCAUACUUACAGUUAUAACGCCUGUGAAAAGUACUGCUCGGUAGCUUUUAUUUGAAUGGUUACACUGUAGUAUUUCAUUCACAGACUCAAAAUUUAGAACCACCUUGUACGGCGUAAUUAGUAGUACCACAGGAAAGUACUGCUCCGUAGCUUUUAUUUGAAUGGUUACACUUUAGGAUUUACUCCACAGACUCAAAAAUUAGAACCAUCUUGUACAGUGUAAUUAGUAGUACCACAGGAAAGAACUGCUCAGUAGCUUUUAUUUGAAUGGUUACACUUAAGGAUUUCAUCCACAGACUCAAAAGCGCGAACCGCCUUGUGCAGCAUAAUAAACAGUACCACAGGAAAGUACUGCUCUGUAGAGUACAUUCAUUCGAGUGGUCACACUUAGAGAUUCUAUCCACAGACCUUUAAGUUAGAACCUCGUUUUAUUGUUUGUUAUCGUUCAAUCGCGAAUCUACUUUUCCGUUCCGUCUGCAGGAGGCCCGGCUCGACGGAGGCAGAGUAUGCUGUUCUAGUUACCAUUCUCUCACGACAAGGAAUACCACGCUUAUUCGUACGAAAUCUGGUACUGUUCAUCUGGGGCUGGUUUCCCUGUUCAACGGACAUUCGGCAGCUUUGCGCCAAUCAGCUGUGGAAUGAUUGAUUUUUACACGAAAAGAAACUGUUCUUACCGAUCCAAUGCUUUGUCUUUGUUAAUAAUAUAAUAUUUUAGCCUUAUCCUCUAGGCAUUCUUUUCGCACAUAAGCAGCCUUUUUAAUCAAUUGUUCGUUGAACACGUGUAAACACUUUUGAGAUACGAAGGACUCCUGAAAGGGUGUCUCUUGAUUAGCCUGGGAUCAAGGGGGGCGGGGGAGGGUCCACACGGUUGAGGUGUAAGGUUUUCAUCGACUACCAGUUUCUUUUUGCUUUCGUAGAGUAAGGAAGAGAGCAAACGUUCACGCGAUUUUUGGAGCAGUUAAGUCGAGUAUCGAUUACUGUGCGGGGAAAUAGGGAUAGUUGAUAUUUUUACCUUUUUACUAAAAAAAACAAAAAAUGGUACUGCAAAGAACACAUUUAUGUUUGAGAAAUCUGGAAAUACUUCUUACCUAAUGCGUCUAGAAAGUUCAGCCGGAGGCUUUUAUCUUUUUGUCCCAGAAACCAGUUAUUUUGCUUUGCCAGCUUAUGCAACAAAAAUUCUUGAUAAACUAAAUUCACAUGUCGAUGAUCUCAAAUUGUAUAGGGUCUAUGCCUUUUGAUCAGUUUAAGUUUGUGGGAAACUGCCUACCCACCCAUCCCCUAACUCGACGUUAACACCUACUUCUCACUUAGGGCAAAAUGUUGGCAAAUUGGGUAGUUUCCCCAGAAACCUAAACUCUUCCUUUGAUUCUUAAAUGAAGAAUUGGUAAAUAUGCAAUUGUACAAAGUUUUGUUUUUCAAAUUCUUUUUAAAUAACAAAUUGGUUAUUAUAUCAGUGACAGGUCGAGUAGUAGUUAGGUAAACACGUUUACAGAGAUUUGUAGUUUUAAUGUUCGGUUUUAGUCUGUAUAAUUUGUAGAUCGAAUCAGUAACUGAUAAUUUGAUAUAUUUUAAUUUUAACACGGACGGUGAUAUCACAAGCCUAUAAAUACUGUACCUCAAGUCAAUAAAUACAGUUUCAACAGCUAGAAACCCUUUGCUUGUCAUCCUUCUUUCCAAUUAUAUUAUGUAACUCGAAUUAUCAUUCUAGGGGCUGUUUUAUGGAGGGAGAUCCUAGCACUAGGAAGACCCUAGGAGGCGGAGCUCCCUAGGGUAUUCAGUUUACAUGCAAGGGGUUGUACUUGUGCCUAGGGCUAGGAUCCUGCUAGCUGAGGGGUAGAAAGAUCCUAGCGCUAGGAUGAACCCAGCACCAUGUAAACUGCUUUCGUUUGGAAGAUCCCGCUACUAGGGAUAAACCAGACAAAAAUUGCGGCGGGUCGUUCAGUGGGUAAUCACGGCAAAAAAAGCCGACAACUCGUUUGGCGCAAACAGUGGUAGAAAACUGCCAGCUUCUGCUAAAAGGUAGUUAUUAACGCUAGUAAAGAAAGCAGAAGGGACCGGCCAAAUUGAAUCUUUGGUAUCGUCGCCCGCCAUCUUUAAUACCUUCUCUACCUAUUAAUCGCGCGGAAUAAAAACUCUGUAUGUAAACCCAAAGAAAAGUUGUCCCGCCUUCUUGGAUCUUCGUGGUGCCAGGAUCUUCCUCCCUCCACGAAAGAGCCCCUUAGGAAGAGAAACUAGGAGAAAGCGCGAAACGCGAAUGCAGUGUGGUUCCUACCUCCAAGGUUUUUAAAAAUGCGGUUCUAUGGCAGCAGUUAGCCUGCGCCGGUUUUUUUGGUCAUUACGAAUGUACGUACCUGUGAUCUCAAUCCGAUGUAGCUCGAGGUGCAGUGAGAGAGGAUAAAGCGUUUGCACAUGACACGUUACGGUGGCCAUAUUGGUGUUGCAAAACAAUGAAAUAGCGGGCAGGUUGCUGUUACAAGAACAUCCGCUGGGAGUUGAACUCUUUUCUUAAGUAAAAGCUUUCUUUCCCCCCAAUAAAUUUGCAUAGAUGCUGGCCAUGAUUAUUAAUUUGUUGUAUUCGUAUUCAUUCGAGCACGUCUCAUGUACCUCAUGUAUAUUAACAAGGUUUUAUGCAUUGUUCUCAGUUCCUAUAAUAAUCAACAUUCAAAGAGGCAUUAUCAACCAAAACAAAGUUGCUCCAAAGUUUUGAGUCGCAUCGCUGAUUUUGUACGUAUCAAACCGUAAUAAGUUAAAGUACCAAAAAGGUAAGAUACCGAGUUUUAUUUGCUUUGUUAUGCCGAUAGUUGUUCGAACCUGCUCUGUGAUAUAUUAGUAAUAUAUCUUUGCUGUUUCAUACUGAACAGCAUAACCAUCGAGACAGGAACGUAACACGAAGUGAGUUCUAUUGUGUGUCCGAAGAGACUAAUGUCGUGAAACAUUUUUCCUGUCGUCAAAAAAAAGUCAUUGUUAGCACUCCGGAAGUGUAAAAUUGGAUUGGAUUUGAACAACUGAAAGUAACUAGUGAAUGGGAAAAUUUACGGGAAUGUCUCCUGGUGUUCUUAACUUUGAAUUUAACUUCCAGACAGACGGUAGCUUGUUUGAAUAAUCAGCGCCAAGUUCACGAAAGAACUCCUCUUCAUGCUUGAGAGCUGAAAAGUUUUACUAAAACACUGUGAUUCGGAUAAACUAGCAAAGACGAAAGAACACAGAGAACGAGCCAUCAAUUUAACACUUCAUAUGAGCUCCGUAUAGAGUGCAUGCAUUUACGCUCGACUGCCCAUAGAUCUCUCGUUAAUGAACUACAAUAUGCUAGGGUUGAAAGAGAUAAUUUUUGGAUAGAGAAACAGGGCCAGGUUAAUUCCUUUACUCAAUUUGCGCCUUCUUCCUGCAUACUCCCAACAGAGUGGACGGUCUCUUGGAGGUAAUAAAGUAAUGCCUUUCGCGCCAAAAAAAUGCUACUAAGAACUGUGAUGAUAAAAGUCGUAUUUUCCGUGGUUUUCAAAGUCGCGAGCUGCUGUAAAGCCUUCUGUAAUGCGAGCCUUCUUCUUCAAGGAAGCACGGGAAUUCGCUCAUAGCCGCAUUGCAAACGCGAGUCAUAGGAGGCAAGCCAGGGGCGGGAUGGGGGAGGCGAGUGACUAAGAGAGACUGGCUAGGUCACACUCGUGCGUGACCACCUAAUAUUUAAGGCCCUAGAAGGAAAAUAUACCAAUUGUUUUGUUACUUGUUGACAUCUAGGCUGGUGAGGAUUAAAUAUGAUUUUUGGAGAGGCUUUGAUCAUCGCCUUUCUGGCCACAACCCUGGGUUUGUUGGGAGUGUCACUGCACAGUAUGUUCACAUCACACCACAAAAACACCUUGGAGCUUCGAGAACUGGAAGACAAAAUGAUGGAUAAAUAUGGCUGGGCCCCUUCAGUGCCUUACAACGCUUACGCUUGAGUCAGCAACUUCUUUUUAGCCUGUCAGCAGAUGGACCUUAACUUGACUUCAUUACCAGUCCAUGUAGUGUUCUUUGGGAGUGCCGAUGAGUGUAAUUUUACUGAUGUAUAUAUAUACUGGAUGCUAUCUAGUAACUGAUUGAUUCCAACUGCACAGCGAAGCUAUGAACAUUAGACCACGAUUUGACAACAUGAAAUCUUUUGUUAGUUAGUACCGAGAUGCAUAACGUAUCGAUUAUGGCAAAUCAUUCUUUAUUUAUCAAAACGAAUUUCUAGACUUUUUUAUAGUAUGACAACCUGCAUUUUCCAUGUGUUACGAAACCCUUAGUAUUCUUUUUUCACGAAUUUUAAUCGUAAUCAAAACGAUUUUAAACUGUAGCUACAGAUGAUUGACUCGGUGAAACUAAGUAGAAUUUUAAUGAUCCUAACUUUUUAUACAGAAAAUAAACUUAUUGUUUCUAGAUGACAAUAACGCCCUUUCUCAGUUUCAGCCCUAUCACGUUCAAACAAAUCUGCUCGGCAAGUGCAAAAAAAAAAAACAACAGAUUCAAAACGGCCAUGCACUGAGAUUAUUGGGUUAAAUAUCUUUGAGGUAAACUGUAGUCAACUAAAUGUCGUACCUUCCUAAGGAAUUAAUGGCCGUUUUCACACUAGAGACGCAUAAUCCGUCAUCUAUUGCGAAUCGUUUACCUUGGAAACUACCCCCUUCCUUGUAGCCGGCGGGGCAGGCGUUAAGAGGGGAAGGGGAAGGGGGAAUUUGGGCGCGCGAGAGCCGCCCUAAUUCCCUUCCCCUCUCGAACGCCUGCCACACAGGCUACCUUUCUUGGGGAAGGGGGACUAAGAUCAACAUUCGGAUCGCAUAUUGCUCGCGUCUUACAGGUAUUGGAGGCUCUGACAUGGAAACGAGGCUAAAGGCUACUUCUGCAUUGUUUCACCAUUAACCUCGUUCGCAUGCAUGUUUGAAGAAUGUUUGAAAGCAGGCUUAGCUGUGUGACACCUGACGUGUUAACUUACCCCCGCUCUCAGGAACUUCCGAACGCACGUGUCAUACUGUAAGCCAUUAGACUGGCUCUUGACUCUCUCAUUAACUUAACGAGUGGUAACAGUUAUUUUCCAACCUUUGUAAACUUCAAUCCAAUCCCUUUUUUACCACUAAUUUUCAUUAAAUAAUGUGAAUUGACAGAUCGUCCGCAAGUCGUGCCUCAUUGAAUAAAUAUGUAGUAAGUCCUCUCCUCCUCACCCCCCCCCCCCUCAUUAUUUUAAGAAAAAUGAACACACAAGAUAUUUGAUGUUGAAGUAACACCAGUGCAUGUAAAAAAAACAAAACAAAAUAAUUGCAUAAUUUUCAUGUCAUUCUUUCCGUAACGACACCUUUUCCGUGAUAAAUUUCUAAUAUUUUACUUUAAUACUAAGACCGGAUUAGCUUUUAUUUUUCCUCCUUUGUUUUCAGUUUCUUAUAAAAAGACCCGUAGUCAUAUAAUCGGUAAAUAUUAAAUAAGCAACAAACAACUUUAGGAAAGCAAAAAUAAAAUUUAGAAGGAUAUGACGAAUUUUACAAUUAUUAAAUUAAGUACGGUCAAAUAAACCUUAUUUUGUGCAGCAUUAAGAUGCGUUUUUCAGGCAGGCUAUUAAAUAAAUAUAUAUUGCAAAAUGCAAUUAGUGAGUUUUCAGUAUCAAAUUUAUGUCCUGUUAUGCAGACAAAUUGAAAAUGGCUUAGAUUGAGAUAUGUCUAUGGGUGGAUAUUUCCUGCCGAUAAAAAGUGACAUUUUUGGUGAAUUACAUCCAAUCUUUUUCACACCAGAAGCUCGAGUGAAAUCUUGAUAAUAGAAAAGAUCUUGAAAAAAUAAACACUUGAUUACGGUGGCGUAAAAAAUUGCCAAAACUUAAUAAAAAUUCUGACAGGUCUAUUUGCCUUCAUAGUGGAUGACAGUCCUUUGUUUUUGCAGUCUAUUAAAGUUGCCUGGAUUCGUAAAUAUAGGCGAAAUCCAACAACGAUUAUUAAACCCUGCAGAAACGUUAAAAGCAUCGCGCUUUGGCAAAAUCAGUUCCUGACUGAGGACUCCAGCAGGUCACUAUAAUGGAAUGGCUCUAUUUUGCAGGUAAUAAGUGGAACAAAGUAAUAACGGGAAAAAAAGUAUCAAUUGUCGCUUUUCAAUCAAAGGACAAACAAUUGCUAUAUUUCUCGGCCACUUUUCGGUAAAAGAAAUUUAGAAAAUCUAUGUCGCGUAAAAAUUGCCAUACGAAAAUCGCGAGCUAUAACUGAGAACAACUGAGGUAACCUUGAACGCGAGUCAGUUCUUUAUUUAAGGCGCCUUUUAUUCUCUAACGAUUAAUCAACAUCAUAAAUGGUUCACAACUUGUUAAAAUUGUAUGGCUAAAGAUGGAUGUAAAUAUCGAUUUUGAUAUGAGCAAAGCAAGGACGAAGAAGAAUUGGCGUUCAACCUUCGCUUUCUAAACAUUUACUGAAGGCAAUGACGGUUACCUUGUUCCAGUGUCUCCAUCACAAGGCUUUUCAGUGCAAUCCUAAACCAUGGCCAGAAUCCACGGCUUUAUCGAGUGAAAAAGUGAUUCACAGCUGAAAGCUUAGUACUGAGCAAGCUUUAUAAUUUACACGCGCGAAAACUACUCGGCAGUUUUCCCCUAACGUUUCUUUUGUUAAGUGUACAAGGUAAAAGUGAAAUUCCCGUUAAAUUUAAAAACCGUUGCAAUUUUAUAUAUUUCGCACCGGAUGCAUCGAUUAUCUCAUAAACAAAAUCAUGCCCAAGUAAUUUAUGGGCGAUCCUGUAUCGGCUUACAUGAGCUCAGAUUUUUCUGUACCAGCCUUUGUACUCCCAAAAAUUCGAGACUGAUUUUCAGCCUGGGUACUCUCUAACUUUUCUGUGCUGUGAUGUCAGUUACAAGCUACAUUUUUGAGUUUAAUGAGCGGAAAUAUUGCUUUGUCUGGUCUAAUUUUCAGACCUCGAGUACAGAAAUAGUAAUCUUUCAUUUUGACAAAUGUCAUAGCCGUUUUGUCAUUUUGAGUGCAACAGAACAAAAGGGUAAGUUUUUCCAACAGAGUAUUGGAAAAGCAGCUGCGAAAACAGUCUUACGAUUAGCUUGAUUGAAACUCAAAUUAUUGCUUCAAGGCAUUCAGCGUGCAUGUCAGCAUAUGUCAGGGACCUGAUUAAUUCAUUUUAAAAAACAAAAUGAUAAUGAUAAUAAUAAUAAUAAUAAUAAUAAUAAUAAUAAUAAUAAUAAUAAUAAUAAUAAUAAUAAUAAUAAUAAUAAUAAUAACAAUAAUAAUAUGAUGAUGAUGAUGAUGAUAAUAAAUAGUACUAAUAAUACAUCAUUCGGUGGAAUGGUUUCACAUCUUCGUAGACCCAGGGGCAGCUAAUGAAAAUCAGGCUAGAACGUUGAGUGGCGAAAUAAUCACAGGCAACGCGCUUGAUCUGCACUUUAUCCGCUACGGCUUAUUACACUACAGUAGAACCUCGAUAACUCGAACUCUGAUAAGUCGAAUUCCCCGCCAACUCGAACCAUAAAUUUCCUUUCCCUUAAUUAAAAUUUCACUCAAAUUUACCCCGAUAACUCGAAUUCUCCGCUAAUUUUUCGUUUCUCUUCAGAGUUCUAGUUACCGGGGUAAUAAUGUAUCUCGAAGUCUGGAAUAAGCUACGAGUUAAAUCACUGGAGAGAUCAUUCAGUAUGGAAAUAUGGUUCAUAUAUUUAUAGGCAUUUGAUCUUCUUUUUUCAGUUAUAGGUUGGAAUCUAUGGUUGAUGUUAUCCCUAACAGGUAUAAUUACGUUGUCAAAAAUACAGCUGUAAUCUCAGCAUGAGAUAACUACUAGUAUAAACUGAACACAGUUAAGAAAUUGACCACGUUCGAUAUAUUAAAAUUCUAACAGGACUCAGAGGCUUUCUGGUCAUUUUUCUAUACUUGGAUUGAAUUUCUCUGCGCUCAAGUCUCUUCUGGGAAUUGCCAGACAAUGGAGUCGUUAAGAAUUUUAAUUUUGACCCUAAAGCCUCGGAGUCAUGUUAGAAUUUUAUAUAUCGAUUGUGGGCUAUUGUCAAGAAUUUCGUAAUAAAUCUUAAGCCGUCUACACACCACCUGCCUCGAUUAGCCUUGCUAUUUGCAGGUGGUGUGAUAUUUGUAUAUUUAAUGUAAGAAAUAAAGAUGUUGUUGCUGUUGUUGUUGUUAUUUAGAGACUGUGCCUGAAACUGAUUCGGGAUUGCGUCGAAUUGCAGUAUGGGAUUGUUUUGAAGACGCGAUCAGUUCUCUCACUGACUUUCACAAACUUGCGCUGGAAACUGGCUCAAAAUCCCUCCCCUAAAUCGAUCCCACAAUGCAACUCGACGCUUCACCGAUCCAGUCCUACUCCCAAAAAAACUAAUCUUUUAAGAAGAAACACACAAACAACUCUCUUAAGCUGGCAAUUAUUGACUGAACAAAGAUUAAAUAUAGUUGACUCCUAGGAUAACUCCGACCUUCAAGGAAAAUCUCAAAUGGUUUGAGUCAUUAGGUAUUGCAGUUUUGGCUUGAUAGGAACGAAAAAUGGUGGACAAUGACGGUCUUUCAAGCAGAAGUGCUGAUCAGAUCCUCUAUCAGGAUCCGGUUCUUCUAUUUUGUAACGUUGGUCCUUGCUUCCAAAACAAAGGUAAUAGAAUAGCAUUUAACGUUCCUACGAAGCCUUAAACGCAGCGACCGCACAAAUAAGCCAAAGAAAUUCUAAAUAUAAGCUUAAUGCAUAGUUUGCUCAUGUGAAGAGAAAAUAUCAUAACAAUUUUUGUAUGAAUAAUUAAUUAGCAGAGAAAGGUUCUGUGACUCACGGACUUCAAUUGCGAACUUGGGCUUCCUGUUGUUCCCCUAGUUUAUAACUAAUGGCAUCCACUGUAAAAUUCAACGUUUUCAGACGCGUCUUGUUCAGAUGUAGGCUGGUUUUGCUGGCUUUAUAAGAAAACCAAUAGAUGUGUAAAGAGUUCAAACUAUGCUGUGAACAAGUGCCGUGAGACCUGCGAGUUUUGCCCAUUACCUACUACUGGUAAGAAGCUGUUAACUUGCGUAUCUAAUAACAAUUUUUAGGUCGCGAACGGGGCAGGGUCGUUGGGGAGGCUAUCGCUUCUUUAGUUGGCUUUUACGAAGUUGCAUAGGAAACUGAUCAAAAAUGAUAUUUUUGGCACUUAUUCCGCUGGAAUUACAACCCACCCUCAGCAUGUCACGCCGUAAGGCAAGAGAAGCGUACCUCAUAGAGGCAAAACCCUCUCACCAGACGGUCUGAACCGACGGAAUGAACAUUGAACUGUUUCUAUUUCUAUUUUUAUUGUAUAAUCAUUUACCAGUAUAUCAUUCUAUCUAGUAUUUAUAAUUGUAGUUAAUUAUUAACCACUUAGAAGACGUUUAAGGAUAUUUUCUCUCGGUGUAGGUCUGGCCCUGAGGAAGGCUAAGUUUGUUAGCCGAAAUAUUGGCCGAUAAUAAAUCAGCCCUUUGCCGUAAUGCCAGCCCUACACUCAGUUUUGUUUUACUUUAUACGAAGGGCGAUGUUGUGUUGUUUUCAGAAAGUCCAGUCACAGAAGGGUCAUCGUCCCCUGUGGCUACCCUUGCAACAACGCCACCUAGGCCUGAAUGUUUCCGUCAAAGUUUAACCCUGCCAAUAAGCCAGGAACUGUUUGUGGACAAAAAGCUACAAGGUCACGUGAUCUGGCACCAGUCAGUUUUUUCGGAGCUUCAGUGCGAGGAUCUUUGUAUUCGAGUUCCCGGAUGUUUGGCUUACAAUUACCACUACUCCGGUGAAAUGGCAGAAAAAGCUUGUGAGUUAAUGAACGAAGUUAGAGUUGUAAACAACACCCCUGGGUACAGCUUCAGGUUGUUUGAGCGAGAACGAGUUUUAAAGGUGAGCAAACGUUUACUGCACUAA